AUGUUUGCGUCUAGUUUAUCAGCAGCGUGUCAGUAGCUUAACCGCAUGCGAUUAGUGAGAGUGUUUGUGAAACUUUAAGAUGACUUCGAAAACAUCGACAUUAGUGUUUUUUGUUAAUGGAAAAAAAGUUACAGAUAACGCAGUUGAUCCAGAAUGGACAUUAUUAAACUAUCUUAGAAAUAAAUUAAAAUUAUGUGGAACAAAACUUGGUUGUGCAGAAGGGGGAUGUGGUGCUUGCACAGUUAUGGUAUCCAAAUACGACAGAGAUGCAGAUAAAAUAACUCAUAUACCUGUUAAUGCAUGUUUGGCUCCAAUAUGCAGCGUUCACGGUCAAGCUGUGACAACAGUCGAGGGAAUAGGAUCGACAAGAUCUCGUCUACAUCCCGUUCAAGAAAGAAUAGCAAAAGCACACGGUUCUCAAUGCGGAUUUUGUACACCCGGAAUUGUUAUGUCAAUGUACACUUUAUUGAGGAAUUCGCCAAAACCUAAUUUUAAAGAAUUAGAAGUUGCCUUUCAAGGGAAUCUUUGUAGAUGCACCGGAUAUCGGCCAAUUUUAGAAGGUUAUAAGACUUUCUUAGAAGAUUGGGAGGUCUUACAGAACGGAAAUAAGAUUCCAAACGGAAAUGGACUAAAAAAUGGUGACGCCUGUGGAAUGGGAAAAGAUUGUUGUAAAUUAAAAUCACCCGGAGAUGAAGAAAUUUUGUUUGAUAAAAGCGAAUUUGUGCCGUAUGAUUCAUCUCAAGAGCCGAUUUUUCCACCCGAAUUAAAAGUAAACGAUGUAUACGAUAAACAAGAACUGUUUUUUAAAGGAAAAAAUGUUGAGUGGCAUCGACCUAAGUCUUUAAAUUCUUUAUUAGAGUUAAAAGAAAAAUACCCCGACGCUAAAAUAAUUGUGGGAAACACCGAAGUAGGAGUUGAGGUUAAAUUUAAACAUUGCGAAUACCCCGUUUUAAUACAACCAACCAAAAUUGAAGAGUUAACCAACAUCAAAAUCGAACAAUCUGGUGUAAAAAUAGGAGCGGCGGUUACGUUACAAGAAAUGGAAACCGUUUUUAAACAACAAAUCGAAUUAAAUCAAAACAAAACGAAAAUUUUAAAAUCCAUAGUUGAAAUGUUAAAUUGGUUUGCUGGAAAACAAAUAAGAAGUGUUGCCGCUGUCGGUGGUAACAUUAUGACAGGAUCGCCGAUUUCCGAUUUGAAUCCAAUAUUUCUCGCUGCAAAUGCAGUUUUAGAAGUUGCUAGUAAAAAAAAUGGGGUUAGAAAAAUAAUUAUGAACGAGAAGUUUUUUACGGGAUACCGAAGAAAUGUUAUCAAACCCGAUGAGAUUUUAGUUUCAAUCUUGAUACCAUUUAACCUCCCCAACCAGCAUUUUUACGCUUAUAAACAAGCUAGAAGACGAGACGACGAUAUUGCAAUAGUAAACGCGGCUUUUAACGUUUUCUUUGAAGGAAAUACCAAGAAAAUCAAAGAUAUUUAUAUGGCUUUUGGUGGUAUGGCACCAACUACAGUUUUAGCUACGAAAACGCGAGAAAAUUUAAUCGGAAAAGAAUGGAAUAAUGAUUUUGUUGAAACGGGAUUUAAUAACCUCAUCGAAGAUCUACCUCUAUCUCAUGGAGCACCUGGUGGAAUGAUUCAGUUUAGAAGAUCAUUAACAUUGAGUUUCUUUUUUAGAAUGUACCUUCAAAUUUCACACGAUUUACAACUCCCAGUUGAUCCGAAGGAUAUGAGCGCCUUAAAAACUUUCCAUACAAAACAAAUAAAAUCAUCUCAAUACUUCCAAAUUAUUCCAAGCACCCAAGAAAAAAUCGACAGCGUUGGAAGACCAAUCGUUCAUGCCUCAGCUUUUAAACAAGCGUGUGGCGAAGCUACUUAUUGCGAUGAUAUUCCCCACUUUGAAAAUGAACUUUACUUAGCCUAUGUUUACAGCACUAAAGCAUACGCGGAAAUAGUUUCAAUUGAUCCAACGGAAGCGUUACGUAUGGAUGGAGUCCACCAUUUCUUCUCUGCAAAUGAUAUGGUGGGGCUUCAUAAUAAAAUGGGUCCCGUGAUACAUGAUGAGGAAGUUUUUGUUAGUAAAACGGUGACCGCCCACGGACAAAUUAUUGCAGCAGUUCUUGCUGAUAAUCAAAUGAUUGCUCAAGCGGCAGCACGAAAAGUUAAAGUUGAAUACAGAGAAUUACAACCAGUACUUAUAAGCAUUGAGGAUGCGAUUAAACAUAAAUCAUAUUAUAAUGAAACACCUAUUAUGAUAACAUCUGGUGAUAUCGAAAAAGGUUUUAAAGAGGCUAAACAUGUUGUUGAAGGUGAUUGCAGAACUGGAGGGCAAGAACAUUUUUAUUUUGAAACUCAAGCCGUUAUCGCUUUACCAAAGAAAGAAGACAACGAAAUGGAAAUUUAUUGUUCCACUCAACAUCCAACAGAACUAUGUGCAACAUUAUCUGAGGUACUAAAUAUUCCACAAAACAAAUUGACGUGUAAAGUAAAACGUAUCGGGGGUGGUUUCGGUGGAAAAGAAUCCAAAGCAUGUAACAUAGCGAUACCAGUUUGCGUUGCAGCUUAUAAAACUCAAAAACCGGUUCGUUUAAUGCUGGAUAGAGAUGAAGAUAUGGUCAGUACAGCUGGACGACAUCCAUUCUACAUGAAAUAUAAAGUUGGAUUUGACGAUAACGGAAAAUUAAUCGCAGCGGAAUUCGAGUGUUAUAGCAACGCGGGAUGUUCUGCUGAUUUAUCAAGAGCGGUAAUGGAACGAGCUGUUUUACACAUUGAAAAUUCAUACAAAAUACCAAACCUUAAAGUAUCCGGAUACUGCUGCAAAACCAAUAUUCACUCAAACACCGCAUUUCGUGGAUUCGGUGGACCACAAGGCAUGUUCUGCACAGAAACGAUGAUUAGGGCCGUUGCUGAAUAUUUAAAUAAAGAUGUCAUUGAAGUAGCGGAAUUAAAUCUUUUCAAUGAUGGUGAUUUGACUCAUUUCAACUACAAGUUAGAUAAUUGUACUGUGCGUAGAUGUUGGAAGGAAUGUUUAGAAAAUUCGAAUUAUAAUCAAAGAGCAAUCGAUGUUAAAACGUUUAACAAAGAGAAUCGUUACAAAAAACGUGGAAUAAGCGUUGUUCCAACGAUGUUCGGGAUAGCUUUCACUAUUCCGUUUUUAAAUCAAGGUGGGGCUCUUGUUAAUAUUUACACUGAUGGUUCGGUCUUGAUUACUCAUGGAGGAAUUGAAAUGGGGCAAGGUCUUCAUACGAAAAUGUUACAAGUUGCAUCUAGAGUUUUGGGUAUUCCUGUUUCUAAGAUACACAUCACCGAAACUAGUACGGAUAAAGUACCAAAUACAUCACCAACUGCUGCUAGUACAGGAUCUGACAUCAAUGGAAUGGCAGUUAUGAGAGCUUGUGAAACUCUAAUGGAACGGUUAAAACCAAUCAUCGCUGCUAACCCAAAAGAUACUUGGGAAGAGUGGAUCAAAAAGGCUUAUUUAUCUAGAAUCAGUUUAUCGAGUACAGGAUUUUAUGGGACUGAUGGGAUUGGUUAUGAUUGGAAUACGAAUUCCGGAAAUAUAUUUAAUUAUGUCACUACGGGAGUUUGUUGUACCGAGGUCGAAGUUGAUUGCUUAACCGGAGACCAUCAAGUGUUACGUUCUGAUAUUGUUAUGGAUUUGGGUGAAAGUUUAAAUCCUGCUAUAGAUAUUGGACAAAUUGAAGGAGCGUUUAUGCAAGGUUAUGGAUUAUUUGUUUUGGAGGAAGUUGUUUAUUUAUCAAAUGGGGCACCGUUCACCAGAGGACCUGGAGCUUAUAAGAUACCAGGAUUUGGUGAUAUUCCGGCAGAGUUUAAUGUAGCACUACUUAAGGGAGCUUCAAAUCCGAGAGCUGUAUAUUCAUCAAAGGCUGUUGGAGAACCACCACUGUUCUUAGCAAGUUCAGCUUUAUUUGCCGCACGAGAAGCCAUUAAAGAUGCAAGAAGAGAUGCCGGUUGUUCAACAAUACCUUUUAAAUUAGACGCACCAGCCACAGCGGCAAAACUUCGCAUGGCAUGUCAAGACACAAUAACAGCUAAGUUCCAAGAACCCGUUGAAGGAACCUACACGCCAUGGAAUAUUAUUCCGUAAUCAAUAAAUACUAAAUUUUGGGUAAGUUUGUUUAUUAGUUUUAAUAAACGAAUUAAAACUAAAAAAAAUCAAACACUUUUUAUAAGACGUUUCUACAAAAUAUAUUUUUAUAAUGUACGUACGUUAACAAUAAACGCAUAAUUAGCCGUAAA